AUGAUCACAACAUCCAGAGACCCCAGCUCCAGACUCAAGAUGUUUACCAAACUCAUUUUCCCUGGGGCCCAGCGUAUGAACAGAGGAAACCAUGAGGUUAAAACAUUAGUACAUGCGUGUAAAGCAAAUAAUGUCACUGACCUUGUCAUAGUCCAUGAGACAAGAGGCCAGCCAGAUGGUUUGGUCGUAUGCCACCUACCUUUCGGGCCAACAGCAUACUUUACAUUGGAUAAUGUGGUAAUGAGACAUGAUGUUCCAAACAUUGGCACCAUGUCUGAGGCCUACCCUCACCACAUCUUUCAAAACUUUACAUCACGUCUUGGCAGAAGGGUUUCCAACAUUCUUAAGUAUCUAUUCCCUGUACCCAAAGAGGAUAGUAGAUGUGUUAUUACAUUCACAAAUACAGAUGACUUCAUCUCUUUUAGACACCGCACCUACAAGAAAACAGACCACAAGAACACUGAGUUGUCAGAAGUUGGUCCCAAAUUUGAAACGAAAUUGUACAUGAUUAAGCUCGGCACACUGGAAAAUGAGAACACUGCUGAUGUUGAAUGGCGACACCACUCUUACACACGUACUGCCAAAAAGCGGAAAUUCUUGAGUGUGGAGUAG